AUGAGCAGAACACUGUCGGUUUUCAAAAAACUUUCUCCUGUAUCUUCGAAAAGAGAAGAAAAAAAGGAUCCAUCAACAGGCGAAGAGAAGCAGUUGGCCGAAAGGGCCACAAAAUAUCCAAGAGGGAUUCCCUACAUUCUUGGAACUGAAUUUGUCGAAAGAUUCAGUUUUUAUUGCUUCCAAGGAAUUCUCACACUUUACAUGACUCAAGAACUGAACUUCAGUGGCUACUGGGCUGCGUCAAUCUUUCAUACGUUUAUGGUAUUGGCGUACAUCUCACCUGUAUUUGGGGCCCUCAUAGCUGAUGGAUGGCUGGGUCUAUUUCGAACGAUAUUUUACUUAUCUAUUCUUUUCGCUAUUGGUAACUCUGUUGUUGCCAUUGGAGCGACUCCAAUGUCCGUGCAAAACAUGACGAUCGUGUCACUAUUCGGACUUUUUAUUGUCGCUCUUGGUACAGGAGGUAUAAAACCGUGCGUUUCAGCUUUCGGAGGUAGCCAGUUUGAUGAAAAUCAGAUAAAAGAAAGACACCAAUUUUUCUCCCUCUUUUUUUUCGCCAUCAAUAUAGGUAGUAUAUUAUCCACUAUCAUAUCUCCGGAGCUUAGAGCAAGUGUCCAUUGUUUUGGUAAAGACACCUGCUAUCCAUUAGCAUUUGGAGCUCCUGCUUUACUUUCUAUCAUAGUUAUAACGCUUUUUAUAUGCGGCAAAUCUGUGUACAAGAUACGACCUGCAGAAGGAAGUGAGUUUGUUUCUGUUUUCAGAUGCAUAUUCUAUGCAUUGGCUCAGAAAUUCAGAAAUAAAAGAAAAGAGAAGAGGAACCAUUGGUUAGAAUACGCUGAUGAUAAAUUCGAUAGACAAUUAAUAUUUGAUAUUAAGUCAUUCUUGCAAGUUACGUGGAUGUACAUACCUUUACCUAUUUACUGGGCACUUUAUGAGCAACAGGGGUCAACUUGGAUUUUGCAAUCAGCAGAAAUGGAUGGUGAAGUUGGUGGUUAUCAAAUAAAGCCAGAUCAAAUGCAAAUAAUUAAUCCCAUAUUUAUUCUUAUAUUCAUUCCUCUGUUUAAUUCUGUGAUAUAUCCAUUUCUAAGGAAAUGUGGAUUGUGCAAAAUGCCGUUGCAGAGAAUGGCAGUGGGGGGCAUUUUGGUUGCGAUUGCCUUCGUAAUGACUGGAUUCAUUCAACUGAAAAUAGAACAAGAGCUUCCUGAAGACCCUCUCAAGGGUAACAGUGAACUCACAAUCAUCAACAAUUCGCCAUGUAAUCUUCAUCUAAAAGAUAUGAACACUUCAGUGACGGCGUUCACAGCGGAAGUUCUGAAAGAUAUCCCGUCAAACACCGAAAUCGAAUGGGAAGUUUUGCCAAGUGAGUGCUCUACAGCCAACCGAACUUAUGCGAAAUUCGGCUUGCAAGCGCCAUUCAUGAGCAUGGGGGUGGCACUUUCAGACGAUACGAUCAACAUUCUAAUUGAAGAAGACGAAAAAAUAAAGGAAAGGAAUGGAUACCCAAGAGUAAAGUUGCAUUUUAGUAUUGAUUACGUGUUCAAGGAAAGAGUAAAUGCUUCCUUUCUUUUCGAUGGAGCAGGGAAGUAUUUUGUGUAUCCAGACAAAAUCAAGCGACCCUCCAAAGUGGGCUCUACGGAAUAUUGCGUAAUGAAGCCAGGUCUGUACAAAAUCUACAUACCUCUUAACGGGACAACUCACAAGGAGAAUCCUAUUGGAGUUGCCGAAUUCAGGGAUGGUGGCAGUUAUGUGGUUGCAAUCCAUCAGAACUCGGCUCAGAAUGCAUCAAGAGUUACAGUUUUCAUGACCGUCCUGUUCAACUCAGUUCACAUGCUCUACCAGCUACCACAAAUAAUUUUGCUGACAGCUGGUGAAAUUAUGUUCGAAGUGACAGGGUUGGACUUUUCGUAUUGUGAAUCGCCGGACUCUUUAAAAUCCUUAGUACAAGGAAUGUGGUUUUUUACAAACGGGAUUGGAAACGCAUUUUUCAUUAUUAUAGAGGGAAUUUCUACGCUUGAAAAACAAUCCCAUGAGUUCUUCAUGUACUCUAUUAUCAUGGCAAUAACGACUCCAGAGAUUAAAUUACCAACCAAUCAAGAUCACAAACUUAAUGGUGAAAUCUUAUCAAAACGUUUGCCGCCAUGGAGAUUAUGA